AUGAUAAUAUCAAAGCUCUUCCCAAGGGCGUCGGGGAGAUCGCUCUCCUCUCUUAUUCAGAGGCGUGUCCCUAUUACUUGUCGUGGCAAGCCUAUCAGUUAUGAAGAAGUUUUUCAGUACAAUAAUGGGCGAUUCCUUGUUGAUGAGGAGUAUCAGUAUGCAAGACGCUAUAUUCGGUUCAACAUUAAUAAACUAUGCGACCUUGUCUCGUCAAUUGUUGGCAACGGCGCUUCGGUCACUAAAGUUGCGAAAAUGGAGGGAGGAUUCCACAAAGCUCUUCUAAUGACUCUCAACAAUGGGACUGAGGUAGUUGCCAAAAUUCCCUGCCCACAUGCCGGUCUACCGACUCUUUCAACCGCGUCGGAGGCUGCUGUCCUAGAGUUUGUCCGAACUCAUACAAAAAUCCCGGUUCCUAGAGUUCUAGCUUGGAGCUCCGAUCCUAAAAAUCCAAUUGGGGCAGAGUACAUUAUAAUGGAAAAGGCCAAAGGAGUUCAGCUAACUAGAGUCUGGGAGGGUCUACCUGAUACUAGUCGCCUAGAAAUCAUAAAAAGCCUUGUCCUAGUGGAGAAACAGCUAUUAUCUCUCCAGUUUCCAGCUUAUGGAAAUUUAUACUUUCGCCGUUCUAUCCCUAACUUGCCGCAAAUACCUCUGGAUAAAGACGUUGAUCCAUCUGGUCGAUAUUGUGUUGGGCCCGCAGCUAGUACUCCAUGGUUAUAUGACCAGGCUAGCGGUGGACACAAAGGCCCAAAAUACAAUACUGGACCAUGGCCCAGUUUACAAGCCUUGGGAGAAGCUCUCACCAACCGCAGCUUAUAUAAAGGGUUUUCCUCUGAUAUACCACCCUCGAGAUACCAGCCUCCAUAUUAUGGUACUCCGUCUUCCCAUAAGUUAGUGCUUGAAUCUGCGAUGAAGAUUCUACCAUUAAUUUCGAAUCAUCCAAAUUUGGUAACGACCUCUACGCCAGUGCUACUACACACAGAUCUACAUAUGGGAAAUAUCUUUGUAACAGAGGGAGAGACCAUAAAUAUUACUGGUAUUAUUGAUUGGCAUUCUAUUACAAUUGCACCAAAAUUUUUGCAGGCGCGAUGGCCCGUAUUCCUCGAACCCUUGGAUGGUUAUAAUAUUGGACCGGUAGUACCCGAGCCACCUUCGGGACUUGAAGAUAUGGAUACUGAAGAAAAGGCUAUUGCUAUGCUUACUUAUAAGCAAAACUAUCUCGCCAAGGCUUAUGAAAUGGGCACAGGUGCCUUUAAUGUUAGUUUAUAUACUGCAUUACAAGUACCACCAGCACUCAAGGAGAUCUAUAUUCGCUGCGGGGAGACAUCAGUUGAUGGGAUUUUCCCCCUUCGUUCCUGCUUAGCUGAACUAUAUAAGUACUGGUCAAAUCUGAGAUUUACAGAGCCUUGUCCUAUACACUUUACAGAGGAUGAGCUUUCGUGCUAUCACGAAGAGCUUGCGGCAUAUGAAGAAUGGAAUGAUCUUCAAGAAAUGGUAAAGAGGGCAUUGGACACUGAUUCAGAAGGUUGGAUAUCCCCCGUAUUUAACUAUGAAGAAAAGAAAAGACAAAACAAGGAGCUAUACCAGUUGUAUGCAAGCAGGGCGCUAGCCGGAAAUAAAUCCAUGGAGGAAGUCAAGCAAAUGUGGCCCUUCGCAGUCAACACAUAG